AUGCGUAACUACUACUCAGAAACUUUUAAAAAAGGAAAAUACGAUGACUAUGAAGCUGUAUUUAAGGAAUGGUUACAGGAAACUAUCAUCGAAGUAUUAGAUAGUGAAUUGGGAAAUCCUUGUCAUUAUUUGCCUCAUAGAGGUAUGUUUAAAGGAAAUUCUACUACGAAGGUACGCCCUGUAUUUGAUGCUUCGUGUAGAAGUAAGAACUCACUUUCGCUCAACGACUGUCUAGAAACAGUACCAAAUCUUAUCGAAAACAUUCCUCCAUUACUUAUGAGAUUUCGUCAGAAAGAAAUUGGCGUAGUUUUAGAUAUAAAAAAGCCCUUUUUACAGAUAUCUGUGGCCAAAGAAGACCAAGAUUUUCUUAGAUUCAUAUGGUGGGAAGAUUAUAAGGAAAGAAAACAAAAAAUUUAUCGUCACCGACGAGUAGUGUUUGAACUUACGAGCAGCCCUUUCUUGCUAGCUGCCGUUCUAGAUUACCAUUUGGAACAAAAUGAAAGUCAUUUUCCUGAAACCGUAGAAAAGCUGACGAAUGCAUUCUAUGUGGAUAACUGCAUAACUUCGAUAACUAGUCAAGAUGAACUUAAGAAAUUCAUUUUUGAAGCAAAACGGAUUCUGGCUACUGGUUGUUUCGAUUUAAGAGGUUGGGAACAUUCCAGUCUAACAGGUGAAGAAUGA